GUAAUUUCAGCGUAAACUGACGUCAGAUACACGAUUCUGCAGCUUGUAGGAGGUUUUAGGUUCUGUUAGGAAACGAGUGGUUAUAAUAAGUAACGUUAGUUUAAAGGUAACAUCACGAAGAUAAAGUGUAAUAGCGCGACUCAAACGCGAGUUUGACGGUUGUGGUAAAGCACUUCUUCAAGCAAGAAGGACGAUUCUGAAGUUUCUGGAACCGAGGCUCUCGGAUUAUCAAAAGCGCAUUUUCUUCAACGGUUUUGGGGUGGAUGAAAGCAAAACAAGUUUGAGGACAGCCACUUUAUCACUGUUUGAUGCCUCACAGUAACUUCUGAAGUGAUUCCAGCACCCUUUGACCUUCGAGAUACGUACAAAUAACGGCAGGCGAUGGUGAACAGUCGUGUGGAAAGCUCCGCUGUUGCGGUAACAGGAGGCAGUGGUGGGGCCGUACGCUCCUGUGCUGGAUGCGGUGGUCGGAUAUCGGACCGCUUUCUGCUCUUCUCUAUGGAUCGGUACUGGCACACGCGCUGCCUCAAGUGCUCCUGCUGCCAGGCUCAGCUGGGAGAGAUCGGCAGCACCUGCUUCAGCAAAGGAGGGAUGAUCCUCUGCAGGAACGAUUACAUCAGGUUGUUUGGUCACAGUGGAGCUUGCAGUGCAUGUGGACAGUCUAUUCCUGCCAGUGAGAUGGUGAUGAGGGCCCAGGGUAACGUCUACCAUCUAAAGUGUUUUACCUGUGCCACUUGCCGAAAUCGCUUGGUUCCUGGUGACAGAUUUCACUAUGUCAACGGCACCAUUUUUUGUGAGCAUGAUCGACCAGGUGGAGCUUUGCUCAGUAGUCAUCUGACCCCCCUGCAGAGCAACACCCUGCUGCCCGACCAAAAGGUGUGCUGAGGAAAUCUGGAUUUAUUAUUUGCGGUGUGCCUUCUCUUCAGUCCUUUCCUCACAUCUUCCCUCCAAUCUCUCCUCGUGAAUGUCCACCUUCACCCGAGACCUUCUGCCCACUUCUGCGCAUCCAGCCACCUUAAAAGAGUUCAGAACUACGCAAGUACUGUGAGUCACUUGUGAGACAAUCACCCCUGACAAGGGAAAACGUAAUCAAGUCGAAGAAAGACACGGAAGCUAAAAAUAAUCAUACGCACUCCCUCAGAUGCGGUCUGUGGUUAUGGCUGGGAUGACCUGACCCUGAAAGCCUUAGACUCAUUUUCAAGAGCAGCUCUUUAAAGCUGGGGUGAUGCUCAACACCAUUUUGUUCCCUUUUGAGAAUAUUCUCAAGAAAUGUUGUGGACAUCACCUGACAUUUUGGACUACGGAUGGUGAUGGUUUUUACUUUAUGCCCUCAAAACGACAUCCAUAUAUCAAAAGACUUUUUCAGUGGUUGUUGCUUUUGUUUACAGGCCCUUUUCACUCUAAGUGUAAGUUUAUUCCUUCCUUUUUUUGAACAUGUUCUGUCGUCUUUGGUGCCUAAAAACAUUUUUACUUCCGGUUUUCCCUUCAUUGUCAUUUACUUCCUAUUAGCAAGUAAUCGUACACAUGCACAGUACAGAUACGUGAACAUGUAUUGUUUUGUCUACUCGAGUUUAAGACAUACGAAGAGCUCUUUUUGAAAGAGUUGGUCUCAUGAGGAAACGGCAUGUUUUUUUUUUCCUCCCCCUGAAUGGUUUGGUAGAAUAAAUAAAUCUGUAUGCAUAUUCUCUAAUAGAGACUGCUAUUCAGUGUCUGCCAAGACUUUUGAGAGUAUGACGGAGAUGGAGAGUAAAAUUGUACAUAUUUCAUGUGCUGUUGUGUGUUGUGUUCAGUGGUUGACCUGUUUCCUUGUGUCCCCUGUUCAAAAAGAGGGACGUUCAAAAGUAAGAUAUCUGUAAAGGAAAAAAAAAGUACUUAAUUAAAUAAUUAUAACCAUCAAAAA